AUGAUAUUUAAAAUCUUUUCAUCUAAAUAUUAUCCAUCAAAUGAAAAUACGAAAACACGAAGUGAACUUGUUUCACUUAUAACCGAAUCAUUACCAUUAGAUAAUAAUGGAGAAUUUUCUUCAAUACCAAUUAUAAAUAAUGAAGAAAAUUCAUUAAAUGAACAAGAUAAAAAUGAAAUAGGAAAUCUUCAAGUUUGUCGAAUUUGUUAUUCAACAGGAGAUCUUCAAUCCUUAAUAGCUCCAUGUCAAUGCUCAGGAACAAUGGGUAUACUUCAUCAAAAUUGUCUUGAACGAUGGCUUGAAAUAUCUAAUACAACUAAAUGUGAAAUAUGUCAACAUGAAUAUGAAGUUAUACGAUAUCCAAAAUCAUUAUUUUAUUUUUUAAGAAAUCCAUUACAUCCAUCAGAUAUUCGUUAUUUAAUAAAUGAUAUAAUUUUAUUUAUUUUUUUAACAACAAUUAUUAGUUGGUUAAUUAUUAUGAGUAUAUCAAAAAUUCAAAUAACAAAAAUAUUUUUUGAUGGUUUAUCAUAUUUUAUUUUACCAUUUUCAGUAUUUUUUAUUUAUAUUGUUUGGUGUUGGGUUAGUUUUCGUUAUCAUAUUCAAAUCAUUAAAGAAUGGCGUUCUGUUAAUCAAUUAAUUCGUGUUAUUAAUAAAAAAGAAAUACAUUAUAAUAAUGAAAAUAAUCAUAGUUUAUUAUCACGAUCAACUAUUGAACAACAAUAUUCACUUUUAUCUACAUUUAAUUAUGAUAAUUCACAUAAUUUGACUAGUCAAAACCAAGAUGAUAUAGUACCAGAUAUACGUAUCGUCAAAUGA